UAUAAACCAGCUCCUUCUUAUCUGUCAUCACAGCAGGUGUUCACCAUGGUGACUACGCAGGUCUUGUUGAGGGUUUUCCUCUUUGCCUUACCGUUUGUGGAUGUUAAUGGUGUUCCAGUAAAAGGCUCAAAGCCUCAAGACCAUAGCAGACCAAGUGACCCACAUGGUGGCACAGGUUAUGUGGAACCUGCCUUUUACAGCACCUCUAGAGGUGUUUCUAAGCCAGCAAAAGCAGUGGCACAAUACCAAGCUGCACCCCGGUACGUCCAGGCACAGCCAGUGCCUGUUGCCCUUGGCUCAGCUGUCCCUGCUGCAGGACAUGCUGCAACAGAUGGUUCUCUGGUACCUCUUCAAGGAGGACAUGUUGCAGGCUCAUACUCACCAGUUCAGUCUGGUUCCCCUGUGCCACUUCCAGCAGCACAUGCUGCCAGCCCUCCCCAGUCUGGAACCCGGCCUAAUCUACCAGAAAUGAAUUGGUUUAUUGCACCCAAACCAUUUGAGGGAGCAGCCACUGAUGCCCAGCCUCAAAGCACCAGCAUUGUUGGCCCACCACUCCCUCCAGCACCACCUGCUCCUGUUCUCCAGUCUGGAGAGACUUCCAAUGUUGUGAAGGAAGCUGAGCUUGGAAACUACCAGCAGCAGACGGAGGAGUUUGGUUACCCAUCUUACCCUACGGGGCCUGGCCAGCCUCUUCCACCUGUGGCUCUGCCUAGCCAUGGUGUGGGUGGCUUGUGGGGCGACCAGCCUCCCUAUCCUCUGCCAUACCCCUAUCCUCCUCCAUACCCCUUUCCCUAUCCUUACCCUGUUUUUGACUACAGCCUCCUGUAUGGUCUGUACCCUCCUGGCACCUACACUACCUUCAGCAGAGACCAUGAGAAGGGCAAAGACUACUACCAGACCACCCACUACCUGAAAGACUAUGGUUCUGAUGGUCCACAGACACCCCAGAACCCUGGAACUGGGCAGCAGAAGGUCUACCCAGGUGUCCCACAGGGGAUUUGAAGUGGCUGAGUUCAAUCAACCAACUUUCCUGUGA